AUGCAUAUCCGGGACAUGCUUGCGAGCAAGGAGGCCGCGGGGGAGCCCGGCAUCUCUUUUGAAUUCUUUCCCCCAAAGACGGCACAAGGUGUGCAGAACUUGUACGAUCGUAUGGAUCGUAUGCAUAGCUUGGGUCCUUCUUUCAUCGACAUCACAUGGGGCGCCGGCGGUCAUCUCUCGGAUUUGACCUGUGAGAUGGUCAACGUGGCGCAGUCGGUGUAUGGCCUAGAGACAUGCAUGCAUUUGACAUGCACCGAUAUGCCGCUGGAGAAAGUGGAUCAAGCGCUGAAAUCUGCCUACAGGGCCGGAUGUACCAACAUUCUGGCUCUGCGUGGUGACCCGCCCCGAGACAAGGAAACUUGGGAGGCGACCGAAAAUGGAUUCAGAUACGCCAAGGAUCUCGUGAAAUACAUCCGCGAGAAGUACGGCAAUCACUUCGAUAUCGGAGUGGGAGGUUAUCCUGAGGGUGCCGACGACAACUCGGACAUUGACCAGCUGAUUGACCAUUUGAAGGAGAAAGUUGAUGCCGGCAGUUCUUUCGUCAUCACACAGAUGUUCUACGAUGCGGACCACUUUAUUGAGUGGGUAAAGAAGUGUCGUGCCAAGGGUAUCAAUGUGCCAAUCAUUCCCGGAAUCAUGCCUAUCCAGCAAUACGCCUCUUUCAUCCGCCGUUCCAACUGGACUAAAUGUCGCGUGCCACCCGAGUGGAUGGAGGCUCUCGAGCCUGUGAAAAAUGACGACGCCGCCGUCCGCGAGGUGGGUAAGCGUCUCAUCGCAGAAAUGUGUCGAAAAUUGAUGGCUUCUGGUAUCAACCACUUGCAUUUCUAUACCAUGAACUUGGCCCAGGCAACCAAACUGGUACUGGAAGAGCUGGGCCUGGCGCCGUCCGAGGAGGCCCCCAUUCAACGACCACUCCCUUGGCGGCCUUCGCUGGCGCCUGGUCGGAGAACUGAAGAUGUUCGGCCAGUCUUCUGGCGCAACCGAAAUUCCUCCUAUAUUGCUCGCACACAAACUUGGGACGAGUACCCGAAUGGUCGCUGGACCGACUCGCGAUCACCCGCCUUUGGUGAGGUUGAUGCGUACGGUGUGCGGCUCAAGGGUACCAACGACCAAAACAUCAAGCUUUGGGGCGAGCCAAAGUCGGUCAAGGAUCUCUCCGACAUCUUCAUUCGUUUCUUGGAGGGCAAACUCGAUCGACUUCCUUGGAGCGACAGCCCAAUCAGCGCCGAGGCGAACGAUAUCAAAGACCAAUUGAUUGAUCUCAACCGAAGAGGUUUCCUGACUAUCAACUCCCAGCCCGCCGUGAACGGCGUUAAAUCCUCUCAUCCGAUCUAUGGGUGGGGUCCCAAGAACGGCUUUGUGUACCAAAAGGCUUACCUUGAACUGCUGGUCCCCCCCACUCUGAUCAACGAACUCAUUGCUCGCAUCGAACAGAACGAUGAUCUCACAUACCACGCCAUCCGUAAGAAUGGCGAACUGCGGACAAACACCAAUGACAGUCCCAAUGCUCUGACUUGGGGUAUCUUUGCUGGACGCGAGAUCAUUCAGCCAACCAUUGUGGAAACCGUCAGCUUCCUCGCCUGGAAGGACGAAGCCUAUCGACUGGGUGAGGAUUGGUCCAAGUGCCAUGACUCCUCAAGUCCCAGCCGGAAGUUGAUCCAGGAGGUCGUCGACGAUUGGUACCUGGUCAACAUCGUUGACAACGACUUCCAUCGAAGCAAUGCCGUCUUUGAGCUUUUCAAGGAACUUGAAGUUCCGGAUCUCAACACUGAGCUCUCAGGAAAGCCUGUGACCAAUGGGUCUGCGGAUCACAACGGCUCUGCCAAUGGUCAUUAG